CGGAACCUUUCUCUUCGUUCCGGGCCUCACUGGAGCAAACAUGGCGGCUGAGGGAGAUGUCGACUUGGACCUGGAAGCCGAGGAAAACUGCACCGGGAAGCCGGCGGAGAAGCCUCGGAAACAUGACAGCGGAGCCGCGGACCUGGAGAGAGUCACGGACUAUGCGGAGGAGAAGGAAAUCUCCAGCUCCGACUUAGAAACGGCCAUGUCAGUGAUCGGAGACAGGAGGUCACGAGAACAAAAGGCCAAACAAGAGAGAGAAAAGGAAUUAGCCAAAGUAACCAUCAAGAAAGAGGACGUCGAGCUCAUCAUGUCAGAGAUGGAGAUCUCGCGGGUGGUGGCCGAGCGCAGUCUGAGGGAACACAUGGGCAACGUGGUGGAGGCUCUGGUGGCUCUGACCAACUGAACAAACAGCUCGUACACACUGGACUGCUUCUCUUUUUCUUUUCCAACCCAGGUCUCAUCAGAUCAGAUCAGUCAGGCUGAACUCUUGUGGUGUUUUUGUUUUCUUUCUUUCUUUUUUUUUUAAAUAAAAGUUAACAGUCUG